AUGGUUUUGAGGAAAGUAUAAAUAAAGGUAGAGGAGGGAGGAUGAAGAGUUGUUUUGUUGUGUUAGGAAAAGACAAAGUAGCUAUAUGUUUUCCGUCAGCACAUGUACUCUUCCCUCCCAAUUCCCUCCACCCUACCCAUGCCGUCGCCUCUGCCGCCUCACCGUCGUCUGUUCCUCCUUCCGCCGCCGGAGCCGCAGCCGCAGACGCCACAACAAGGUCUCCCUCCCCGCCACCACCUCCACCUCCUACUCAUCCGAACACAAGUUCGAAGCCGUCAUUGACCUCACUCCCCUGACCGCUUUACAAUCUGACAUUCGCCGAUUCAUACUUUCCGGAAGAGAUGCUUACCUCGAUUUGCAAACCCUCUUUACGCUCGACCACAACCGCAGACUCGUCGUUUCUUGCCGCCCUUCCACGGUGCAUUUCCUCGGUACUUCGGCGGCUUUGACCUUGGUCACGUUUUCCGUUUUCGGCGUUUUGGCCCAAUUGAUUUCUAGGUUUUCGUCGUGGCGUCGUAACGCGUCUUACAAUAGGCCUCUUGUGGUGCGGAGGGACCGGAGUCUCGGCGGAAAAGAGGUGGUUGUUGCGUUGGGCCAGACGAGCAAUUCGAAUCCGUUAUCGCCCACGGUUCGGGACUCUGUCAAGCGCUCCGCGAAGAAUAAGGUUCGGUUUCAAAGAAAAUUGCCCGAAUGGUGGCCUACCGUUGUCAAUGCCAACGGCUAUGUUUUUGACGCGGGUGAACAGGAGGAAUACAAGAGAGAGGCUUACAGAGUGGUUCGAGCAAUUACAAACAGUAGAUUGGCCGGGAAUGACAUCAUGGAGAGUGAUAUAAUUCAAUUACGUCAACUGUGCAGAACUUCUGGUGUGCAAGUGUCUGUUGAACCAACAAAUGUCCGGGACAACUUGUAUCGAGCAUCUGUUAACUUUGUUUUAAAUGUGUGCAGCAGGGCACCAUCUUACUCUACUUCAAUUGAUAUUAAUGGUGAGGAUGCUUCGCAUUUCCUUGCUGGGUUUGCUGAAAAUAUUGGCCUUCAAAAUGUUCGUGCUGCAACAAUUGUGUCUGCCGCUGUUGCUGCACGCACACGCUCCUGUCUUCUACAGGCUUGGGCUCUGGAAAUGCAAGGCAAGCAGGUUGAGGCUAUGGUGGAACUGUCAAAGAUAUGCCUUCUUCUACGAAUAUUUCCUCCUGAGGAGUCGUCACCUGAAAUGGAGAUGGUUAGUCGGGGCCUCGAAAAGCACUUGAAACUGGAACAAAGGCAACACCUUAUGUUUCUCUUUGGUAAAGUUUGUGGCGAAGACAGUCAUAGGAUUGCAAGAGAAGCUCUUGGUUUGAUGCAUUCCCAAAAUGGUUGCUCUGACCAACUUGAUGACACCACGCUCCCUGAAAAUUAAUCUCCGCCUUCAGCCUCGAUUGGGAAAAACAACCGACUGAAGAUGCAUUCCUUUAAAAUAUAAACAAGAUUAAUUGUUUUUUAUUAUAUCUGUUUAGUCAAUAAUAUUUAAAUGUUUUAUUUCAGCAAUGCAUAUUAUUGUAAGACAAUUCUUUUAUUGUCUCCAAUGCUAGCAUUUUAAUGGUUUUAUUGUAUUUUUAUGAGUAUUGAAAUUUAAAGAGCAAAUAUGUCAGUUCCUCACUGUUACAGCUAGUUUCAUUUGAGAAACAGAUAACCAUGACA